AUGGACGAGGUCGCGCGGUUGAGGAAGCGGAGGCGGGUGUGUUCGGGUGGACGCGGCGUUGGUGACGUAGGGCCGACGGGUGAGGAGUGUAUCACGGACUGCCGGCCAGCAGCAGCGGUUGGCAAGGCGAUCCAGCAAGCAAGCAAGCAGGCGGUUACGGCAGGCGUGACGUUCAAUGCGCGGCAGGUUUGGGGGCAGAGAGCAAAAGUGAAGGCGAAGAUGGAACUUGAUGGAGGAACGGGAGGAAAGCGGGCACGACGGCAAGGAAGCUGA